AACACCAGUAGUUCACGCAUGCGCAUGUAAAGUUGUAAGACUGUCACAAUUUGGAUUUUCAUGUGAGAAGAAUAAUAACAGUGACAAUACCUUUGUUUAUGAAAUAAAAGAAAGAAAAAUGUUCUCAAGAUGACAGUUUGUUGAUUUGUUGCCAUGGUAACAGGAUGUGAUAAAAGCUGACUGUGAUAUUUGUUUACUGUGAAACUUGCACCUUGAAGAGAUGAGUUUACCAAGACCUUCCGGGCUAAAGGCCCCUUCAGGGUCCAAAUUAGCAAAACCAAGUGGAGGUAUCCCACAGAAGUCAGGGUUAAUGCAACCUGGCUCAUUGUCCAGGGCACAAAGUGCUAUUGCCAAAAGUGCAAGAGCUGCAGGUUUGAACACCAGCGUGGCUGAGAAAUAUGCUGCUGAUGCCGCACAGACUCUGGCAGGUGAAGAAGAUUUAGGAGCGCCACCACCACCAGUGGAUGAUUUUAUAAUCGGGGAUCGUGUGUUUGUUAGUGGUUCUAAACCUGGAUUUAUUGCUUUUCUCGGAGAGACCCAAUUUGCUCCAGGGGAUUGGGCAGGAGUUGUGCUUGAUGAAACAAUCGGUAAAAACGAUGGGUCAGUGAAUGGAGUAAGAUAUUUUCAAUGUGAACCCAAACGUGGUGUGUUCUGUAGAAUUUCUAAAUUAAGUCGGACUCCUGGAAUAGCAGGAGCUGUUAAGUCAGCAGAGGAUGGAUCAACAUCAGAAGUAGCGAUGCCAGUAAAUGGUGAUAAUACACCUGUGAAUAAAAGACCUACUACCCCGAGUAUGUCACACCGCCCGACAACCCCAAGUCACGGGGAAAGCCGUCUGAUGCGGCCAACAACUCCAAGUUUACCGAGACCUGUAAAUAAAUCUCUUUCAAGCUCAAACACUAGUUUGAAUCGAGGUCAUGCCCCAGCUAAAGUGAAAUCUGAGAUGACCUCUGGUUCAGCGGGUAUAAAACAUAACUUGAAUAUUGGUGAUAGGGUAUUAGUAAGUGGGUCAAAACAAGGAACCUUACGUUACCUAGGUCCGGCAGACUUUGCAAAGGGAGAAUGGGCAGGUGUAGAAUUAGAUGAUCCAGUAGGGAAGAAUGAUGGAGCUGUUGCAGGGAAAAGGUAUUUUGACUGCCGUCCUCGAUAUGGGCUAUUUGCGCCAGUACACAAAGUCACAAAGACGUCUGUGACUUCAACACCAAACUCGAUGUCAAGGUCAGUGGGAAGCGCUGGUAUGAGGUUGAGUAGGGAGCGCAGUGGGAGCCAGGAAUCGGUGAGCUCGAUGAGUUCGGCAACAUCGAGUGCAUCAAGACCGAGGGUAAGGCUCGGAGUGUCAGGCCUCGGAAAUAACCAGCCGACACCUGGGGCACGUUCGGGCCAACGACCUAGCUCUCUCAAUAUCACUGCUACCACAUCUGCACUCCAGAAAGCUUUGAAAGAGAAAGAAGAGCAUAUAGAGCAGUUGCUAAGGGAACGUGACCUUGAGAGGUCGGAGGUUGCUAGGGCCGCAGCUCAGGUAGAAGAAGCUCAAGAUCAGCUGACACAGUUGCGAGCAGAGACGGACAGACUACAGGAAGGUAGUGAGGAGAGUAUACAACAACUGAAAGCUAAAAUUCAGAAGUUAGCGAGUGAAAAACAUGACCUUGCAGAAAAACUAGAUGAUGAAAAAAGGAAAGUAGAAGAUUUACAAUUCCAGAUAGAAGAGGAGGUGAUUAGUAAAGAUGACUUAGAGAGUAGAACAGAAGAGGAAGAAGCAAAGAUUCGAGAAUUGGAAAAAUCCUUGAAGAGGGAGAAAGACAAGAAUGAAAAAAUAGAAACUGAACUUAUAACAUACAAGGUAUGUUUAGAACAAAACAUGAAAACAGUUGAAGUCCCGGAGGAGACCAGACUGUACCUGGACCCGAUAGAAAGCCACCACAAGCUUACCCAGGCUGAGCUUAAAAUACAAACCUAUGAUUCAUCUAGACUAGAAGAAGGUGCUAAGACAAGCCAGGUCAGCUUGGAGUUGGAGGAGAAGACAAAUAAAGUGUCAGAACUUGAAGAUUUUCUCUCUAUGAAGACUAAAGAAGUAAAACAACUACAGGACAAACUCUCAGAGAUGAAAGAUGAAUUGGAAUCAAGAAGCAAUAAGCUUGAAAAGCUACAAAAUAAUUUUGGAGAAUUGACAGAGAAGUUGAAGUCUAAUGAAGUGUUUAGCAAUAAUCUUUCAUUAGAGGUGCAAAAUCUCAAGUCACAAAACUCUGACUUGGAGAGAAAGCUUAAAGACAAUCAGGAGAGAUGUCAACAACUAAAUGAUGAAAAAGCUCAUCUUGAGAGCCAGGUUGCUGACAUGAUGAAAAAUACUGGUGACAGUUCAAAUCAAUUGUCAAUGCUAAAUGAACAGCUUGGACAGAAGAAUAGAAAGCUCGAGGAACUACAAGCCGACUUGUCGACUUCUACUCAAAAAUGGCACAACCUAAACAAUAAAUUUGAAACAAGUAUGAGGGAAAAAGAGAGAGAAAUAGAAAAAUUGGCAGCUAAAAAUGAUGAAAUUAAAUCAACCUUGACUAGUAAUCUUGAAGAUGUGCAAAAAGAACUUGAUAAAACUAAGACAAAAAUCGUUAACAUGGAAAAAGACCAUGAAAGUGAAAAGGAAUCUAUAUUAAAAAGAAAAGAAAAUGAAAUUACUGAACUUAAACAACAAAUGGAAGUGUCAGCAGAAAAUCUCAGUAAACAGGAAAUACAGACCCAGGCUCAUAAACAGGUGCUUGACCAAAUCACCAUGGAGAAAGAGGCAGUACAGUUUGAGAAAGAGAAGGUGGAAAAACAGGUAAAGAGAUUAGAGGCCGAGCGGGAUACAUUAAACAGCGAGUUAAUUCAACUUAAAGUGGAAGCAACAAAAUCACAGUCUAGUGUAGACCAAGUGUCACAAGAGAGGGCUAAAGCUGAAGAAAAAAUACAAGACAUCACAGAGGAGAAGGAGAGAGUGGAGAAACUGCUUGCAGAGGUACAGAAGAGUAAGGAUGAUGUUAUAUCAGAGAAAGAGAAGAUCUCAACAGAGAAAGAUCAGUUUGAGAGAGAAACUAUAGAAGGCAGGGCAGCUCUACAACAGAAAGACAUGCUGGUUGAAGAGUUACAAAAGGAGGUAGAAAAACUGAAACAGGACUCUAGUCAACAACAGGAGACAAUCAACCAGUUGUCCCAGGCAACGGAAGAUUCAGGUGCAAUGCAGAAGAAAUUGGCAGAACAGAUGUCACUGGUAGAGACAUGGAAGAAGAAGGUAACAGACCUUGAGGCAGCAUCUAGUGAGGCAAAAAAGAAAUCAGAAGAACAAGGCAGUGAAAUAAAAUCUAUGAAGAUUGAACUAGAGGAAUCUCAGGAGACUGUAACCUUACUUGAAGAGAACGUAAAAGACUUGGAGAAAGAGAAAGAUAUUCUAACAUCACAGCUACAAGGUUCUUUAGAAGCAAGGAAAGAGCAAGAUAAGGUGCUGGAGUUGAACAAGAAAUUAAAUGAGGAAAUUGAAACUAUACAUGAAAGACACAGGACUGAGGUUCAAAUGUUGAAGGCAACAAAGGACAGUCUUCAAGAAGAGGUGGACAACACUACAUCAUUGUUUGACCAACAAGAGGAGGAACUUAAAGCUAAAAUAUUACAGAUCUCAAAUUUAGAAAAUGAGAACAGUACUCUGAUGGGAUACAAAUCAACCAAUGAAAAGUUAGAACAGGAAACAACAGAAUUACGAGGAAAAAUCAACCUGUUACAGAGCAAGUUAACAGAAGCCCAGUCCAAUACAAACAAUAUGAAUAAUAUUGACACAACCACUGGAAAUAAUAUAGAUUCUACCACUGGAAACACUGGGGGAAAUAGUGCUCUUAUAGAACAGUUGAAGGAAGAAAAUAUCACUGCACAAGGACAGGUUGAAUUUUUGAACUCAGUUAUAGUAGAUCUCCAGCAUAAGUGUGAUGAGUUAAAGACAAGACUUGAAGCUAUGGAGCUUGGUGUAACCAAUGGUGCUGAUGACUCACUAGAAACUGCAACACCUACAAAACGUGCAGCACCACGUGUGUUUUGUGAUAUCUGUGAUGUGUUUGACCGUCACGAGACGGAGGAUUGUCCUCUACAGGAGAUGUCUGACAGCCCGCCACCCUCACAAUACCACGGUGAGAGACAUCAGGUCCGCCCAUACUGUGAUAUAUGUGAAGAGUUCCACCCGCCAUGCCCUGGUCUUUCUGUACAGAAAGUCGCUGCCUCUGGUGCCGAGCCCAUUGAUCCUAAAGCCAAAGUUGAAGACUGGGUGAAAACUGUAGACACAGUCACUUCAGAAUUGGUCAGUGAGUCAGAAAAGGUAUUCGGCAAUGACGGCGAGUUUUUCCACGUACAUCAAGACAUACAAGAUGUUCCUGGAUUUAGAGACAGCGGAUAUUAUGAUGGUAUAGUAGACUCAAACUUGAAAUCUCCAUUUGAUGUCAAGCCUGGUAUGUUUUCCUCUAUCACUGAAUUGUCUGACAAAGACAAAGCAAAGCUUUGGGAUAAAUUAAAGAAAGAAGCAACCAAAUGUGAACAGUACAUCAAUGAGGAGUAUAAGGCUGCUAAUAAAGACUUGCUAAUUACAAAUGAAACUAAAACUAAAGGUUUAACAAUGAAGACGGAUGUUGUCGAUGAUGGCAAAGAGAGACCAAAUUCACUGGAAACUGGACACGGACUUACUGAUACUUCCACCAACAAGGCGUCCAUUGUUAAGACACCUGUUGGUUUGACGUCACCCGUUAGUUUGACGUCGGUGUCAGACAGCGAAUAUCAAUCCGGAAAGGAAAGUCUCGAUUCUGAUUCCCCUGUCGAUUCAGGUACACCUGAUAUGGAAACCUCGGUCGAUACUGGUGAAGUCUUUAAACCGGAAAACGACGACAAAAAUGCUCCAGAAAAAGAAGAUAAAUCUGAAUCGGAUCAAGCUGCGGAAAAUUGCACUAUCUCUUGAAAUAUAUGUUACUAGUCAAGGUUAUUUAUUAUCAAUCUGGUUGUACAUACUUAUUAAUGAUGUAUAUUUACUUAUUUUGUCUAAUUCUAUGUUCACAAUAGACCGAUAUCAUUUUAAAUGUUGGUUAACAUGUGUUUUGGGUAUGCUUAUUCUGAUAUUUAAAAAGAUGCAAAGAAAAUAUGCAGAAAACAAAUAAGUAGCAGUGUAUUUUCUUCUAUAAAUAUUUAAUUAUUUAUAUAGAACAAAUUCUAGUUAGUAACCAAUACAUAGAAUAUUUCAUGGUGUGGGUGGGAGGGGGCAGUCUUUUGUUUUGUAAAAUGAGUGGCCAUAAACACAAUGAAAUUUUUACAAAGUUAUAGAAGAAUGUACGCUACUUGAAACGUCUUCUGCCCCACGCAGAGCACAUAUAGUGACGUGGUAUAGACACUUUAGUGAUUAAGGGAUAGUAAGCAGUUCGUUUAAGAUAACUCAUUUUAGAUUUAAUUUAAUACACCUAUUUAGAGGCAUACGGUCAUAAAGAAUGGAGUAUAGAUACUAUGUUUCAUCAUUAUUGCAACGCGAAUGGUUAACCAAUAUUUGAAAUUAUAUCGGUCGUUUUUGUUAUUCUGUGUGACUACAGUGGGUAUAUCUUGUCAUAUAAAUAUUAAAUUUGUAUGAAACCUGGUAUUUGACAAUUAAAUAUAUUAUCUUGCGUUGUGAUAUUUUAAACUAUUACGAUCAACACGUAUAAUUGUCUAUGAUUAUACAUUGUACUGUCAUUGGCCAUUGUCCGCUCGAACUUGGAAACAUGAAGCAUGGAUGAAUACCCUGUUACGAUUGUGUUCAAGUUGCCAGUGCUUGCUUAAAUUUUUUUGUCUCAUUUUGUUAUUUUAACCAUUAUUUAGAUUCGGCUUGAUUAAUGUAGCCUAUUUUUGUUAUGUAGAUUAUUUAAAUUUCAAACGCUUCUUUUGUUUUAAGAGAUGAUUAAAAAUCUUUUGAUUCAAAUUUUUUCACUUAUACUUACAUGUGCGCCAUAAUUACACAACACCAUUUUAUUGCUUCAUUGAACUUUAUUAUUAUUUUUUUUACUUCAUUGAAAUAAAAGAGAAAGGGAAAGCCCAAACAUUAAAAACAAAUUAUUUUCUUUUUCAGUUUCCAUAUUGAAUGAUGUUUUAAUAAUUUUGAUUUAGGGCUAUUCGACGAAUAUUUGGGUACAACUCUAGCGUGAAUUUACUUAUUUUCACAACAAAUGUAGUUAUUCACUUGGAAGCUAUAAAUCAUAGUUGUAGGUCACUAUAUGGUCACUAUAUAUAAAAGACUCACAACUCAGAUCUAUCGUGGAUCUUGAUUGAAUUAUGGCCAUUUGUAAACUUAAAAAAAUCCUGAUAAAAUUCCUGCAAACAUGGUAUGUCUCCACACUUACUUGUCUUUGAAUCGUGACUAUUCAAGACUCAUAAUUGUAGCUUGGAUUUGCUUUAAAAAACUUCAGAAACCGUACUUGAAACCUUACAGAUGUCAUUGGGAACAUAAUUGUAUGUUUUACUGUCUAUUAAAAGCAUGUAUUUUAAUUGAAUUAUCUCCGCUGGAAUUCUUUAUUACUGUCAAGAUUUAAGAAUAGCCAAGCGCUACCAAGUCCUUGUUUGGAAAUAUUAUUUGCUAUAUGAAGAUUCACAAAGAUUCAUAAUUUAACUUUAUAUACAAGUCUUGCGCGAAUAUGCAAAUUACAUCAGUCCAGUUAGACAGGACUAGUCUUAAUGAAGACAAUUUCUCGUUGUUUUGCCAGGGUUAUUUAAUUAAAGUAUUUUAUAAUUGGUUAUGGAAGAGAGUUCAAUUAUAGAUAACUAAUUGCAUGUACAAGGAGUUAUAUUUUUUUCAAUUAUAUAAAUAAUUUUGGUCAGUCGGUGGAUAUGUGAAUUGUUUAAUGACCAUGCACUGUAUAUAGCUUCACGCAUGAUUCAUUAUGUGUAUUUCAAUAAAUUAUGACUUAAAUACAUAAUAAUAAAAAUAUUUAUAAAACAUUU